CCUACCUCCAUGGCUGUAUGAGUGAGUGAUUCGAUAGUCUUUACAUAAACGCUAGAACUAGAGGAGAGAUGGACCAGACGAAAAGAAUUUUACAGGAUGUUCUGCAGGUUUUAAAAAUUAGUGAUUCAGACUCCUUGUUAAAUACGACUAGUAAGGGUGUUAUCUUAAAAACCAAAGAUGGACAUGAAAUAAAGAGUUUUAUUCCUGCAGCUACUUAUAUUGGACAGCUUGUAUCUCAAGAGGAUUUUACAGGUGUAACAAAAGAGGAAGAGGCAAGUGUAUACCAGUGGUUAGAAUAUUGUUUGCUGCAUAUGAACUCCAAAGAAUGUCAGGAAAUGUUAACAGAGUUGAACAUGGUUUUAGAAGAUAAAGUGUAUUUUAUCAGCAAUAGGUUUACUAUAGUUGACCUUCUGUUAUUUUUAAGUCUUCAUAGAAUUUAUUCCAAAAUGACAUUCCAAGAAAAGGAGUCUUAUAUUAAUGUCUCCAGGUGGUUUAGGCAGGUGCAGUCAACAAUUGACGAAAAUGAAUUGUACCCGAAGAUAUAUUUUACUAAAACUAGACUGUAUACAUAAGUCAACUUAAAUUUUAUUUAUUUAUUGAAGCAAAUCUGUGUUAUUAAACGUGAUCUUGUUUUAAAUCA